UGAGUCAAGUCAAUGAGUCUGCAAUUAAGUUCACCGCACACACCACCCCCCACGAGCGCCACGCCGCCACCACCCCACCCCCCAAAAAACAAACACCAAAAAUUUAUACUCGAUGUCAAUUUGCAAGCCUCAGAACUCAAAAUUCUCUCCCGAAAUCACAAGUCCCAAGUCCCAAUUCCCAACCAUGGUGUUCCAUCCUCCAAAGCUACUUCGUCCCUUCAUGUUUAUAACUAUCUUCCUCCUUUUCAUAAUCCCUUGUGCAACUCAGCUAUUCUUCAACUACUCGGAUUUCAAUCAAUCUAUCAACAGAAUAAGACUUACUGGAAACGCUACUCUCUUAGGUUCAGCAGCCAUCCAACUCACCCCAGAUGCAGUGGACAACUGGGGUCGAGCCACAUAUACAGAACUGCUGCAUAUCUGGGAGGAACCCGGAAAACUCGCAGACUUCAAUACCAGCUUCUCCUUUAUCAUUGACUCGGAAGGUAAAGACAGCUAUUCAGAUGGGCUUGUAUUCUUCCUCACAAGCCCCGGUUUCCCAGAUCCCCAACCAACAGAUGGCUCUGGCAUUGGCCUUCUAAGCCGCGACCAGUGGAGAGACUCGAGUUUCUUUGCUGAAAAUAAAUUCGUUGCAGUGGAGUUUGAUACGUUUCGGAAUGACUGGGACCCGCCCGAGCCUGUCAAUGAACACGUUGGUAUCAUUAUCAACGGUAUGAGAUCUCAGAACUAUGCACCAUGGGAUAGUGUUAUUACCGAAAACCGAACAUAUAGUGCAAGUAUUAGUUACGAUUCCACCACGCAAAAUCUCAGUGUCACCUUCACUGGGUUCAGUAAUGGUGUCACCCCAAUUCAACAAGGCCUUUCUUCUAUAGUCAACUUGACAGAUUACCUGCCGGAACGGGUUGAAUUUGGCUUCUCGUCAUCGACGGGAUUGAUUUCCGAGUUGCAUACUAUUUGUUCUUGGUCUUUUAACUCCACAUCACCUUUUCUGAUACAAACUUCGGCUGUACCAAAGAAGAACGGAGAUGGAAGCAAGAGAAAAUUGGUGCUGGGCUUGAGCGUGGGUGGAUGCAUUUUAAUCAGUGGUAUGGGGUUGGCUUGGCUUGUGUAUAGAAAGAGGAAGACUAAAGGGGGAGAGGAAGGGGAUUUAAGCUUUGUUCUUUCCAUGGACGAGGAGUUUGAACGAGGUACAGGGCCAAAGAAGUUUUCCUACGAGGAAUUGGUUUCUGCAACGAAUAAUUUUGCAGGGGAAAACAAGCUUGGAGAAGGAGGGUUCGGAGGGGUUUACAAAGGAUUUAUAAACGAGCUGAAUUCCUACGUUGCUGUUAAGAGGGUAUCAAGGGAAUCUAAACAAGGGAUAAAGGAGUAUGCAUCUGAGGUGAAGAGUAUUAGUCAACUCAGGCACAGGAAUUUAGUGCAACUCACUGGUUGGUGCCACGAGAAAAAAGAUCUCCUGCUAGUUUAUGAGUUCAUGCCCAAUGGCAGCUUAGAUUUGCAUCUUUUCAAAGGUGAAAGCUUGCUAACAUGGGUGAUGAGGUACAAUAUUGCCCAAGGCUUGGCAUUCGCAUUGCUAUACUUGCAUGAAGAAUGGGAACAAUGUGUGUUGCAUAGGGACAUAAAGUCGAGUAACGUCAUGUUGGAUUCAAGUUUCAAUGCAAAGCUUGGGGAUUUCGGCUUGGCUAGGCUGGUGGAUCAUGGAAAAGGAUCCCAAACCACAGCUGUGGCCGGGACCAUGGGCUACAUGGCCCCUGAAUGUAUUAUAUCAGGCAGGGCUAGCAAGGAAUCAGAUAUAUAUAGUUUCGGGAUUGUGCUUUUGGAGAUAGCCUGUGGAAGGAAACCCGUUGAAACCCAGAGGAGGCAAGAUGAAGUGAGUCUGGUAGAGUGGGUUUGGCAGCUUUAUGGAAUGGGAAAGCUCGUUGAUGCAGCCGAUCCCAGAUUGUGUGGGGACUUCGAUGAGCAGCAAUUGGAACGGCUGAUGAUUGCUGGACUUUGGUGUGCUCACCCAGACUACAAUCUCAGGCCUUCAAUUAGGAAAGUCGUUCACGUGCUUAGUUCUGAAGGUUCAUUGCCCGUUCUGGCACCAGAGAUGCCCCUACUAACCUACCUUGCCCCCCCAGUUAGUGCAUCUGCAUCUUCAGCUUCCACUUCAGAAAAUAAGCACUCUCAAUCUGCAAGCCAUUCCGGUUCCACCAGUUCCUCACAGGUCACAUCUUCUGCAGCUUCUUCUUCAUCUUCUGCACUUCCUCACUCGCACUUGGUUGGUACCAAGUAAACUUGUCUUGGGAAAUUACAAAGUUGGGAUGUAUGAUUUACCUCUUUGUACCAUAAAUUAUGUUAUUAUGCAAAUUUUUCGCAAAUUAAACUUGUUAUGGUUAAUGUGAUUGCACAGCACUGUAACUAAUAUUAGCUAUGGUUUAGUUUUGAGUUAUGUUUUAUUAAAGUGAGAUGAAUGGCUUAGAAUCAA